UAAACAAAAGCCGGCAUGGACGAGGACGGUUUGCCAAUCGUUGGGUCUGGAGUUGAUCUCACUAAGGUCCCUGCCAUACAACAAAGGAGAGUUGUCGCCCACCUCAAUCAGUUUGUUGUGCACACAGUACGGUUCCUUAACCGAUUCUCUGCCGUGUGUGAAGAGAAGCUUUCAAACAUUUCCCUUCGCAUACAGCAGAUUGAAACCACCCUGUGUAUUUUGGAGGCCAAAUUGUCAUCCAUUCCUGGACUGGAGGAUGUCACAGUGGAUGGACUCAACCAGCAUCAAAGUCUGCAGACUAAUGGACCCAUUACAACCGGUCAGAACCAAUCAGAUGGUGUAACAGCAGGGGGAGCUCCUCCUUCACAGCCUGAUCAGAGUUUACCAGAAACUGCACCAGCACUCGAAAAAGCAGAAGCGGUCCUGGAGAAUAUCAUGACGGUGGUUAAGGACCCACGUUAUGCACGUUAUCUGAAAAUGGUUCAAGUGGGAGUACCAGUAAUGGCCAUCCGUAAUAAAAUGAUUAUGGAAGGUUUGGAUCCGAACCUGCUUGACACACCUGAUGCCCCUGUGCCUGAUGGAGCAGCAAGUAGCACAGAGAAGGAAGAUGUUCCUGCCACCAGCUCUGACAGCGAGUCCUCUUUUAGUGACUGAUCUCAGCCUCACUCGCUCUCCUUUGUUCCAUCAAGCUCCGUUUUCAAGAUCUCCGCCCGACAGAACAGAAACCACAGAAAUGAUUGGGACUCUUAAGCAUUCGCUACAGUGAUGCUACGCAAGGUAUCCACUCCAUUUUCUGGGUGCACUAUCCUCACAAGUAACACCUCGCAGUAAAAGGGACUAAUCAAGCUUUCCAACAGAAUAAAAUACUAUUCCAGUUGGUAUUAUUAAAUGUUUCUGAACUUCCUCUUGAGUCAAACACAUUUGUCAAGUUUAACAAUUGUGAGCAAUUUACACGCUUUUCGUGGCCAGUCAAGGCUGUUCGCACUUCACAGUCAAAACAUCCUGCCAUGAACAGAGAGGUCACAAAGCUGACAGAAAGAAUCCUUUAGGUUAUAAAUUCAACACAUCCAGUUUUAUUCUUUAACAUUAAUCAUUUACCAGUUUUUUAACAGGUCAUUGUCCUAUUUCUCUACUCGACUCAGUUUUAAUGGCCGUUUUCUAGUCAGUCAGUCAUUUUCUACCGCUUCUUCCAUAGUGGGUCGCGGGGAAGCUGGUGCCUAUCUCCAGCAGUCUAUGGGCGGGAGGCAGGGUACACCCUGGACAGGGCGCAGCUUUCUAGUGAUUAGGCAUUUCAAGAUGCUUUGCAAGACAAACAAUCAAGCAAUGCACAAAAUACACAAAUUAAACCCAAGUCUUGCUGAUGUUGUGAGAUGAUGAUUCAGUAUUUCCACAUUAGGUUCUUUCCUCAUCAUCCUUUUAUUGUCAAGUGCAGAAGUCCCCCCUGUAGCAAAGUAGACACAUCAUGAUGUCUCCACUUCCAUACAUCACUGUUCAAAUGGUCCUAUAAGCUUCACCUUUCAUGGUCUUUUGGACUUUGAUUUCCUAUUUUGUGAUUAUUUAUGGUUCUUUCAAUAUUUGUGUUUAAGAUUUCAUUCAUUCUUUAGUUUAAAGAUUCCUGGUGCGUAGUUGUUUUGGGUUCUUUACAAUUUAACAUAUUUAGAUUCUAAUUUGUCGUGUAUUAUUUAGCUUUUCUCUGAGUUUUUUUUAUGUAGGCUGCAACACAAUCCCUUGAUUAGACGCUAUUGAUCCUAGUCUCAGCAAUCAACCUCCUGAGCAUUUAAGUCUCUCUGUGUGAGUCACUCCUCGCAGAUCUGUUGUCUAGCCUGCCGUCCUGCUAUGCUUUUGUAUUGGGAUGGAUACGUAUAUAUCACAUGGAAAGACGUCAUCUCGGGGACAGUAAACUGUCUCCUUCCUACAUGACUUGAUGGCAGGACAUUCCUUUGGUGUUAAUACUUGGAUAUAAUUGUUUAACCAGAAGAACAUGACACAUGCAGGUAUCUGUAAAUUGCGCCCAACGAUAAACUAGGCUUGUGGAGGUUUAGUUUUCUCCAUGAUAUCUUAGCCGAUUUCAUUUUCACAUGAUGUCACAAAAGAAAGAAGCAUCUUUGAGGUGUUGGCUUAAAAGUGAGAAAAAACUUUUCACAUAAACAGUGGUAGUCUGUGAGAAUCUGACCAUUUUUGCUCUGGUUAAAUAUAGAUUUUAAAAAUAUGAGCAGUCAUUUUUUCCUAAAAUAAAUGUAUGUUGCUUAUUAGCACAAAGUCAGGGAUAGUUAGCACUGGAGUUACACAAUAUAUUAAAUCGUAAAACAUUGCAGUAUCAAUGUGUUCAAUUUUGCAGUUGCAAAGAACUGCUUGGAUGCAAUAUUUGGGAUGCAAUCCCAUAAUUUAUUUAGACAUUUGGAUGGAAGUUCCCUGCCCUUGAUACUUGAACUAGAUUUUAGUUCCCAAUAUGCUAAAUGUCACGGAGAUUAGUGAAAUCGACAUGGUGAUGAAAAAGACAUAGAAGAAAGAGGAACAUGUGUUAAUCACAACUGAGAGCCUUGUCCCAGUAUUCAACAUCAUGCAUGUUUUUCUAAUAUGUUGCAGCCCCAGUUUGCCCCCAUUUGGCAUGAGAAAUAUAAUUAAUACCUCUUAACACCUGCAAAAAGUUUCUCACAGUCUCAUUGGAAUCACUGCUAACUUAUGCUCGGGAGAGGUGUUACUUUCAAUCUAGCAGCAUUCCACUAAAUGUCCGUGGUUGUGUAAGA